AUGGCUCUGUCUACCACAGUACGUGUGCCCGCGGCUUCAUCUACGCGGGCUCGCAGCAAUGCGGCAUCACGUCAGCGCGUGAUAGCUAUCAAGGCUACUGCUUCCGUGCAGCCGAUCACGCCUGCGGUCAUCGAGCAGCGCGAGCUAGGCCAGACAGGCCUGCAGGUCCCUGUCAUCGGCGUCGGGGCAUGGAGCUGGGGCGACCGGUCUGGCUACUGGGGGUAUGGCAAGGAGUACAGCCGGGAGGCCAGCCUCGAGGCCUACAAGGCGCUGGUGGAGGCCGGCCUCACUUUCAUUGACACGGCAGAGGUGUAUGGCUUCGGGCUGUCUGAGACGUUCCUGGGUGAAUUCAUCAAGGAGGUGCCCUCCACCCCGGCGCCCCUCAUCGCCACCAAGUACGCCCCCCAGCCCUGGCGCCUCAGCGCAGCCUCGGUGCCGGACGCCUGCCGCGCUAGCCUGAAGCGCCUGCAGCUCGAGCAGAUGGGCUAG